AUGGCGAGAUUGACAUCUUCCACGAAGCCUAGAAAGCCCUCGUUGACAGUGAAACAGCAACCGCAGCCGCAGCAACUGUUGACACCGUCUUCGACAACGAGUGGUGGCAGAUUCCAGCAAGCUUACACGGCCAAGCUUCAGCAGGAGGAUGCACAGAACGAGCGGAAUAGAGCUGCCCCGUCAUCAUCACAGGAAGGAAGACGGAAGCCGGCGCCGGCACCCACGCCAGAUUUUCUCGACGACGACGAUGACGAAAUUCUCGACCUGACUGGCAACGAUACCGUUUUGUCAUCAGACUCAGUGGGAUUUGACGAUGGAGUCACUGUAUGGAAUGAGGAACAUGCGUCAAGACCAGAGCCAUUGAGCAAACGAGGUCAGAAGCGGAAGAGCACCGAGAUGAGCAAAGCGGGCGACUUGAGCUCAGAUUCGGACGAGUUUCCAGACAUCUACAAGACGUUGGGAACACCUGCGCCGAAGGGUAGUCGCUCGGUUAAGGGACCGAGGACCAUUCCCUCCAGUAUUCGUCGAGCAACUACCGAUAAAGGGGUCAUUGAAGAGCGGACCAUCACACAAACAAUUAGUCGGACCCAGCGCACCUACAAAAUUUCCGAAGACUCUAGUGGGAACGGCACACCGCGACGAUUGCCAAUGGCUUCGGGAGGUCAGCAGAUUCUUGGCCGGACACCAAGCAAGGCGUUGCGGAUCUCGUCAAGUCCGGAAGUGAACACCAGAGUCGGGUCACUAGAUCUUCAAGCAAAGAAGCAACGCAACAGACCUCGAGUAAUACAAGAUACGGAUGACGAGUUCGAUGACGGGGAUAUUGACGAAGAGCUCCUUGCCACGCCAAGUCGCCAUACAGGCUCGACUAUGCCGUUUACAAACUCUAGAUCAAGACCUGCAUCGAUUCCUCCUGACGACACUAUGUUAUCUGACGGGCUUGUUGCUCCCGAAACACCCUCCAAGCCUGAGUCAUCGGUGCUACAACCCGAAAACCACAACGCACCAGCUGAGACGAGCUAUGCACCCUCGCCAUCUCGGAACCAACCCACAAAAUCCACGUCCCAGCAAAGCACCUCGUCACAAACACAAAAGUCUGCUGUGCUCAAGUUCAUCCUGAAUAAUAGAGACUCCCUGAAGGCCAGGGAGAAGAUGAUUCAAGACCAGCGCGACCAAAACCUGAAGGACUAUGCCAGGGUCUUACGAGAAGGCACCAAAGAAGAUCGCGCCGAGCUGAAGAGCGCAAAGGAACUGCUGCUGAAACAACAGGCCGGGUUGGAGGAAGUUUCCGAGCUGCUUAGUGCACAUGCAGCACUUGAAGAUGAGAGAGAAUCUCUUGCAAUGCAGAUUGCCGACGCAUAUGACCAAGGUCGCGAUACUGAAGAGGAAGAGAAUCGCUUAGAUGAACUCGCCGAUAAACUCAAAGAUUUGGAGCAGUCCAUCGAUGAACUUCUUCCUGGUGUUGGUAUAGUGGACGGAACCUUCAUCGAAGAAUACCGCAGAUCCAAGUCUGUGGUCAUGGGCACGCAACCUGGCCACAAAAUCUCUUCCAGGGCAUCCAGGGACAUGCCAGGGCCCACGGAGAUGGAUAGUCAAGUCAUUCAUCAGACGCAAUUCCCCGGGUCAUCGAGGCUUACUGAUCCAAGGGAUCACUCUUCGCCGCCGUUUCCCCGGAGUCGACCGCCAGCUCCAAGGAGUGUGGAGCCCGUCGCACCAAGUGCCAAGUCUCGCAGACGCGAUGAGUUCGAAGAUGAAUUCUUCGAUGACAUUGAAGACGAUUACGGCACAUUCAACCCUCCCCUGCCACCUGUAUCAAGACCGACACCAAUUCGGAAGAGUCCUCCUAAGAAAGUGGGCCCUCGCGCCCAGGACAUGUCCAGCGACUACGGCGACGAUGCGGACGCGGACAUGCUUGCGCUUGCUCACGACUUCGAGCUCCGGCAGUCUUCAUCUGCCGAAACAGCGAGAGGCCGUAGUGCACUUGCUUCGACAUCGGGUAAUGUUGUUCAGCCUUCAAAGACCGUUGAACCUCUAAAGAAGAGAGAGCCUUCUAAAGCGAAGUUGUCGAUGCCACCGGAGUUGAUGAAACAUCCCUGGUCAGCAGACGUGAGGAAAGCUCUGAAAGACAGAUUCAGGAUGAGAGGGUUUCGCUCCAAUCAGCUAGAAGCUAUCAACGCUACUCUCGGAGGCAAAGAUGCUUUCGUGUUGAUGCCAACCGGAGGCGGCAAAUCCCUUUGCUACCAACUUCCAGCUAUUAUCACUAGCGGAAAGACGAGAGGAAUUACGAUUGUCGUCUCUCCCUUGCUUAGUCUUAUGCAAGACCAGGUGGAUCACAUGUCAGCUGUCAAUAUUCAAGCUGUUUCGCUCAACGGUGAGACGAGUCCUCAGAAGCGAAGCCAGAUUUUCUCUUCUUUCAAAGAGAGGAGUCCAGAGCUCUACAUUCAGUUGCUCUACGUCACGCCAGAGAUGCUAAAUAACAGCGACAACUUCAUGAGGGCACUGACCAGUCUUUACUCCAACAAGCGCCUCGCACGUAUCGUCAUCGACGAGGCACAUUGUGUUAGUCAAUGGGGCCAUGACUUUCGACCGGAUUACAAGGCACUAGGAAAACUCCGCAAUCAUUUUCCCACUGUUCCCAUUAUCGCACUUACGGCGACAGCGACCCAGAACGUCAUCGUCGACAUCAAGCAUAAUCUAGGUAUGGACAGCUGCCAGGUCUUCAGCCAGAGCUUCAAUCGUCCGAACCUCACGUAUGAGGUUCGACGGAAAGAGAAGGAGCUGAUCCAUAAGAUCGCUGAUUUGAUUAUGUCUAAGUACGACAGGCAGUGUGGAAUUAUCUACACAUUGUCAAGAAAGACUGCAGAGCAAGUCGCCGAGAAGCUGCGUUCUCAGUAUGGCGUCAAAGCAAGUCAUUACCAUGCGCAGAUGACUCCUGAAGACAGAAUCAGAGUACAGCGAGAAUGGCAAGCAGACAGGAUCCACGUCGUCGUAGCGACAAUCGCGUUCGGCAUGGGUAUUGACAAGCCUGACGUUCGCUUUGUUAUUCACCAUUCGAUUCCCAAGAGCUUGGAAGGCUACUACCAAGAAACAGGGCGCGCGGGCAGAGACGGCAAUCCUUCGGACUGCAUUUUAUACUUUGGCUAUCAGGAUGUUGCCACCUUGAAGAAGAUGAUUUCUCAGGGUGAAGGAAGCCAUGCGCAGAAAGAACGGCAAAGAAUAAUGCUCAAUCGAGUCACUGCGUUCUGCGACAACCGAGAAGACUGUCGCCGCGUUGAGAUCCUCCGCUACUUUGGCGAACAUUUCGACUCUCAAGAGUGUGACAAGACCUGCGACAACUGUCGAGUCGGUGCUGUCUUUGAGCAGCAAGACUUCUCUGAACUUGCCGUCGGAGCAAUACAGACCAUCCAGCUCCACGAACGCCUGACUAUAAAUCAGUGCAGUGAGAUACUGAUGGGCAAAAAGUACCAAAAGACCAUAGACCCGCAUCCUGACGAUCCCCAUGGCAUUGCAAAGGGGAUGAAGAAGCAUGAACUCGAACGCAUCAUUGAUAGACUUACAGCUGAGGAGGCCCUAGAGGAGGAGAACGUGGUGAACAAGAGGGCCGGUAUUGCGAUCCAGUAUCUCAUCCCUGGUCGCAACGCCCACAUGUUUCUCAAUGGCCGCCGCAAACUAUUAUUAUCAGUCCAGGUUUCUGAUAGGAAUAGGGAACCAUUGGCACCAAAACCCAAAAAGCGGACCCCAAAGAGCAAGAACAAUGAAGAGCAGGACCUAGGGGAAGAACCGCCGAGAAGACGCCUGCCACCUUCGACCAACGUGUCUUCGCCGGCGCAAGCUCGAAGAACACAAGACAAGAGCUCAAAGGGUAAGUCCCUUGCCACUGUCAUCGAUUCCGAUGAGGAAGAUGAGGUGCUUAGGCAAGAGAUGGAAGAGCAAAGUCUGUCACUGCACGCAAAUGGCUACAUCAAGGAUGGCUUUGUCAUGUCGGAUGACGAGUCCGAUGAUGGUUUUGAGCCACUGCCUCCCCCUCCUAAACGUGGGAAUGCUUCCAAGGUGGUUGGGCCCCGUAUCGCGGAGGACAUGCGCUUGGGAGCACUUGGCGAUCUGCACCAAGACGUCGUCCACAAUUUCGUUCAAGAGGCCAAGCAGCUCGAGGAGUCUUUGCGGAACGAUCAGGGACUACGAAAACCUCUCUUUUCCGAGAAGAGUUUUCAAGAAAUGGCCAUUCGAUGGACAGACACCCUCCCUCUAAUGCGUCAAAUUCCGGGCAUCGAGCCAGAAAAGGUGGCCAAGUUUGGCAACAAAUUUAUUCCCCUGAUCAAACGCUUUCAUAGUAACUACAAGGCAAUGCUCAGCUCUGCGGACGAUGAUGAAGAUAUGGAAGUUGGUGAGCAGAGUAUCGUCGACUUGAUCAGCUCCGAUGAGGAUGAGGAUAUGGAUGACGAGGAAGAGGAAGAGGAAGAGGAAUCUUCGAAGUAUUUUAGUAGCGGACCGCCUCCCCUCGCACCUUCUGUUCAGGAGUGGAAUGAGAGGAUGAAGGAACUAGAUACAGCGCCUCCGACCCGAGCCUCAUCGUCAACUUCGACGAGGGGGCGUGGUGGUGCUCGAGGGGGUCGGAAAUCAGGGGGCCGCAAGGGCUCCAGCUCAUGGGCAAGCAAGAAGCAAGGAGGCGGCGUCACCAAGAAGAAGGCUUCCGGCGGAGCAAACAGAAGAAGCAGCGGUGGAAACACAGCUUCGAGAAACAGCUCCGUGACCAGCUACUUCUCCAAGGGCGGGAGGAGAGGUGGCGGCGGUGGCGGCGGUGGCGGUAGCGGAAUCGGGCUAAUGCCACAUUAA